AUGGAUGCAAGAUUCUUGUACCCCUUGGAGAGCUGUAAAAUCAUCCACUUGUUGCGACAUGGACAAGCGAUGCACAAUGUAGCAGCCGAGAAGGAUAGGAAUGCGUUGUUGUCUCCUCAUCUUUUUGACGCUCCACUUACUGAUCAUGGUCACCAACAGGUUGAGAACCUCCGCGAACGUGUUGUUUCAAGCGGGCUACUAAAGAGGGUCGAGCUAGUUGUAACCUCUCCCUUGCUGAGAACUAUGCAAACCGCAGUUGGAGUUUUUGGAAAUGAAGAUAAACAACAAAAUAUCACGAGCAGCCCUUCCAUUGUGGCACUUGAGGUUGCUCGAGACCGUAAUGGAGUCCGUCCUCCUGAUAUGAGAAGAAACGUGAGCGAGUAUCAGACUCUUUUCCCCACCAUUGAUUUUUCCCAGAUUGAAAGUGAAGAGGACAAUUUAUGGAGGGCCGAUGUUCGAGAAUCCGAAGAAGAGAUUUUUGCGAGAGGGUUAGAGUUCAUGAAAUGGUUAUGGAAGAGACCAGAGAAGGAGGUCGCAGUUGUUAGCCAUGGCAUAGUUUUGCAGCAUAUGUUGUAUGUGUUCGCAAACGAUUGCGACGAGACAAUUACACAUGAACUUUGCAAGAGGUUUGCUAACUGCGAAUUGCGUACUGUGGUGAUUGUAGACAAAGGCUUGAGCUCUUCUACAGCAAAUUGA